CUGUCAUUUAGAUGUUGAUAUGUAAAGCAAAAUGGCAAAAAUCAACACCCAGCACUCCUACCCUGGUAUGCACAGACUGUCUGUCAGAACUACCGAUGAAGAUAUUGAAAGGAUUGAAAAUGGCUGUAUCAGAACCCAUUCGCUGUGUGAGGAUGCAUCUUCAGAACUGCAGAGAGUCAUUUCUGUGGAGGGAAGACAUCUAUCUGAGUCCCAGACGAGCUCAUUCACAGGCAGGGGAGCAAUGGCAAGGCUGUCACGAUUUGUUGUAUCUGUGAGGUCGUGGGCCACAAGACAUUUGCAGCAUGAAGACCAAAGACCUGAUUCUUUCCUAGAACGUAUCCAAGGGCCAGAGCUCAUAGAGGUGUCCAGUAGGCAAAGUAACAUCCGCUCCUUGCUGGGUAUCCGUGAGCGGCCUGGGGGAGCAAACAGUCACUGGCCCUUGGCCAGGUUUAAUGUCAACUAUAGCAACAACACCAACGAAGACAAAAAGGAAGAAAAGAAAGAUGUUAAAGAGGAGAAGAAAGAGGAAAAGAAGGAGGAAAAGAAAGAGGAAAAAAAAGAGGAAAAGAAAGAUGACAAAAAAGAUGACAAAAAAGAUGAUAAAAAAAAAGAAGAGAAGAAAAAAGAGAUCUUUGUGAUAGAUCCUUCAAGCAAUAUUUACUACAACUGGCUGACCAUAAUUGCAGCACCCGUGUUCUAUAACUGGUGUAUGAUAGUAUGCAGAGCCUGCUUUGAUGAGCUACAAGUUGACCAUAUUAAAUUGUGGCUGUUCUUGGAUUAUGGCUCUGAUAUCAUCUAUAUUCUUGACAUGUUUAUCAAAUUCAGGACAGGCUUCCUUGAACAAGGCUUGCUAGUUCAGGAUGAAAAGAAAUUACGAGAUCAUUAUACCAAAACUAUGCAGUUCAGGCUGGAUGUGCUGUCUCUUCUGCCAACAGACCUGGCAUAUUUGAAGUUUGGUUUGAACUACCCUGAACUGCGAUUUAACCGCUUGCUGAGGAUUUCUCGGCUUUUUGAGUUUUUUGACCGUACAGAAACCAGGACAAAUUAUCCAAACCUGUUCCGUAUUGGAAAUCUUGUCUUAUACAUUCUUAUCAUCAUCCACUGGAACGCGUGUAUAUACUUUGCAAUUUCGAAGCUGAUCGGAUUUGGAACCGACUCUUGGGUCUACCCCAAUGUGUCCAUUCCAGAGUACGGCCGCCUGUCUAGAAAGUACAUUUACAGUCUGUACUGGUCAACACUCACGCUGACAACCAUUGGAGAAACACCUCCCCCAGUGAAAGAUGAAGAGUAUCUCUUUGUGGUCAUUGACUUCCUCGUGGGUGUGCUGAUCUUCGCUACCAUUGUCGGUAACGUGGGCUCCAUGAUUUCCAACAUGAAUGCCUCCAGGGCAGAGUUCCAGGCCAAGGUCGAUUCCAUUAAACAGUACAUGCAUUUCCGAAAAGUGACUAAGGAUUUGGAAGCCAGGGUUAUUAAGUGGUUUGAUUACCUCUGGACCAACAAAAAAACAGUGGAUGAGAAGGAAGUUCUCAAAAAUCUGCCUGACAAGUUGAAGGCUGAAAUUGCCAUCAAUGUCCAUUUGGACACACUGAAGAAAGUGCGUAUAUUCCAGGAUUGUGAAGCUGGACUUCUCAUUGAGCUGGUGCUGAAACUGAAACCUACGGUCUUCAGUCCUGGGGACUACAUUUGCAAAAAGGGAGAUAUUGGGAGAGAAAUGUACAUUAUUAAAGAGGGAAAAUUGGCUGUGGUGGCGGAUGAUGGCAUAACCCAAUUUGUAGUCCUAAGCGAUGGCAGUUACUUUGGUGAAAUCAGCAUCCUAAACAUCAAAGGGAGCAAAUCUGGCAACAGGAGGACAGCCAACAUAAGGAGUAUUGGUUAUUCUGAUUUGUUCUGCUUGUCUAAAGAUGAUUUAAUGGAAGCCCUCACAGAAUAUCCAGAAGCCAAAAAGGCUCUGGAAGAGAAAGGGCGACAAAUUCUGAUGAAAGACAAUUUAAUAGAUGAGGAAGCAGCAAAAGCAGGAGCUGACCCAAAAGACUUGGAAGAAAAAGUAGUAAGACUUGAAACAGCUCUGGAUACACUGCAGACUAGGUUUGCUAGGCUCUUGGCAGAAUACACCUCAUCUCAACAAAAGCUGAAGCAGAGACUUGUCAGAGUAGAAACCCGAGUGAAAAAGUAUGGUAGUGGCACCUUAUCAGUUGGAGAAGCAGAGGCUGAAAAACCUGAGGAGGAGAAAAAGCAGUAAUGGAAUAUAUUUCCUCAUUUAAUGAAGAAGGGUGAAGCAUGCGAAAGCCAUAAAUGUGUGUAAAUACGUGUGUGCAUACGUAGACAUGUUUAUUUUUAUAUAAACUCAAGAGAAUGGUUUUUAGCAUUUUUAACUGAAGCAGUAUGUUCUUGUAAAUAGAACAUUUUCACCUUCUUAGGGGGAGAUUUUGGUCUGGCAUUUGGGUACUUUUUUAUAUUGGGAGUGGGUUUCUUACAAGUCAUGCUCAGAAUGUCUAUCAUGUAUGGUACAUGUAGGUCUUGAUACAUUGUCUCGUCCCACGCAUGUUGCGUUAAGAAGGCAUU